UCGGCCAUCACGCAAAUGCUUUAUUCCUGUCUAGAGUUCCUGGCUAUCAUCAAGUUAAUAAAGGCUGAAGUGUCUACUACCGCACGAUACAAUGAGGGUUAUUAUUUUACUUCAGAAGUUAUAUACUUGUUUUUAUUGGCGUAAGUCGUGGUUAUGCUUCUUCUGCAAUUGCCUCGUCCUGCAUGGCAAAUAACCACGGUCCACUUACCUGGUUAGCAAAUGGCCAUGGUUUCUUAUAGCUCGCAGAUGUAAGAACACUGAACAAAUGAAUGAAAACUUAAAUCAGGACACAUAAGAAAUCAUGCACUUUAGCCCAUCUUUGAAAGAUAACCCGUAAUGCGUUGAUGUCAUGUUUUAGUUCGUUUAUUGCUAGGAAAAUGUAAGGUGCAGUGAUUCUUAACCCAGUGAACAUCUUUGGAAGGAAGGAGCUGUAGUGCGUUACUUAGCAACCGUAUAAACAAACACCGGAACACGCGGACUAGUCUUUGCUCUGUAGUAACUAAGGCUUAGCCGUACCUCUAGGAUUGUUCGAAGUAGUACUAGAGGCCAAGACAACUUCCGGAACAAUCUAGCAAGUGAGCAAACUAUUACACUACCUGGAAUAAAAAACUCUUGAAAAGAGUGCAAAUGGCAGGGAAGAGUGAUCGGGUUAAGGAGCCGCUGGACUUCGUGCAUCAAAAUGCAAUUCUUUGUGAGACAAUUUCAAAGGAGCUACGAUGCCAGAAGCUUUGCACCACGUUCAGCGUAAACCCUUUCCGCAAGACUCAUACACUCAGUGGAAAACCUAUGUCCUGGCAUGACCACAUUGAGGAAAAAGAAGAUCCAAAUUUCCUGAAUAUAAUUCACCAUGCAGCACUGGAGCCAACAAAGAAAUACACUAUGCCUCAGACAGAAAGCCAAGAGAUUGGGUGGAUUACAACUCCCUUGGUCACUCCUGAUCGGACUGAUAUACGACUCCACAAUCCUCGAAGACAUACUGAAAUUACUAAGUAUAUGGAUGCUGCUUGGCGCUUGAAGGAACAAACUGAGAACAUGUGAUUCACAUCUCAUGCGAUGAUUCCUGCCCUUCCAGUAAGGUGGGGCUAGGACACUGUUUAUACAGUCUUUUAUGUUGUAGUGUCUCUUCUCUGUAUGUUGAAUAAUAGAAUCUCUUAUGUAAA